CCCAAAGUCAGCUGGGAUAGGCUCCAGCAUAUCCGCGACCUUAAUGAGGACAAGCGGCAUAGAAAGUGGAUGGGUGGAUAUGUUUCAACGGUCACCUACAGGAUUUCUUCUCAAAAGCGACACGUGACAUCACACUGCAGUUGACAUUUGUGUCAUGUCAAGACAUUCACCUGUGCACAGCAGAAUGUGUGAGCCCAGAGGGAUCCUGAUAAAAGGAGGCAAAGUUGUGAAUGAGGAUUGCUCUGCAAUCAGCGAUGUCUAUAUUGAAAAUGGGAAAAUAGUGGAUGUGGGUCAGGAUCUUCAAAUUCCAGAUGGAGUGAGAGUCAUUGAUGCCACUGGUAAACUGGUGAUCCCUGGCGGCAUUGACCCACACACACACAUGGAGCUUGCAUUCAUGGGCACCAGGACUGUGGAUGACUUCCAUACUGGAACCAAGGCUGCCUUAGCAGGAGGGACCACAAUGAUCCUGGACUUUGUCAUCCCCCAAAAAGGCAAGUCCCUCCUGGAGGCCUACGACUGUUGGCGCAAGGCAGCCGACAGCAAAGUAUGCUGUGACUACUCACUGCAUGUCGCUGUCACGUGGUGGAGUGACCAGGUCAAGAAGGAAAUGGGGAGUCUUGCCAAAGAAAGGGGAGUUAAUUCCUUCAAGAUGUUCAUGGCCUAUAAAGAUCUGUACAUGCUGCAAGACAAUGAGCUCUAUGCAGCCUUCUCCCAGUGUAAGGCCAUUGGAGCAAUUGCUCAAGUGCAUGCUGAGAAUGGAGACCUCAUUGCUGAGGGGGCCAAGAAGAUGCUGUCCAUGGGCAUCACAGGGCCUGAGGGUCACGAGCUGUGUCGGCCAGAGGAGGUGGAGGCCGAAGCCACCCAGAGAGCCAUCACCAUUGCCAAUGCUGUCAACUGCCCUCUCUAUGUUGUCCAUGUCAUGAGCAAAUCUGCUGCCAAAGUGGUGUCCAAUGCACGCAGAGAUGGGAGAGUGGUGUUUGGGGAGCCUAUUGCAGCUGGACUGGGAACUGAUGGGACUCACUACUGGCAUAAGGACUGGGCCCAUGCUGCUUUUUUUGUCAUGGGUCCUCCCCUUAGACCUGACCCCAGCACUCCUGGGUACCUCAUGGACCUGCUGGCCAAUGAUGAUCUCAGUGUGACGGGGACCGACAACUGCACAUUCUCAGUGUGCCAGAAGGCCCUCGGAAAAGAUGACUUCACCAAGAUCCCCAAUGGAGUAAAUGGCGUGGAAGACAGGAUGUCUGUCAUUUGGGAGAAGGGAGUGCACAGCGGCAAAAUGGAUGAGAAUCGAUUCGUUGCCGUCACCAGCAGCAACGCAGCAAAAAUCUUCAACUUCUACCCUCAGAAAGGCCGCAUCGCCAAGAACUCGGAUGCUGAUGUGGUUAUUUGGGAUCCCAAGUUGUCAAGGAAGAUUUCAGCCAAGACGCACCACCAGGCGGUGGACUACAACAUUUUUGAGGGCAUGGAGUGUCAUGGUGUGCCCGUGAUUACCAUCUCCAGGGGCAAAGUGGUGUACGAGAACGGCCAGCUGAAGGCGACGCCUGGCUGGGGCAGAUUCAUCCACAGAGAACCAUUCUCUGACUUUGUCUAUAAACGAAUCAGACAGAGGGACCAGGUGGGCCAACCUACAGCUGUGAUCAGACAGCCCUAUGAAGGAAAAGUCAUUUCUGUGUGAACAAGUGAGCCACUACAUGAAAGCCACUUUGAAUCUCCAGCUGCUGAACCUUCAGUGCCUGAACCAGUCAGCGCUCUCACAGAUAGCCGCUACAUUUUAUCCAGUAUUCCUGCAAGCCAUCUGUACAGUCUGCUCUCAUAUUAAUUAGUGCAUGCAGUGAGGAUGGGAGAAUGCUGACAUUGCUAUAUUUCUUCCAACGUCUGCUUUCACAUUUACAAUCCAAAUUAUUUUUUGCUGGAUUGUGCUUGCAAAAAUAAAAGUGGCAAAUAGGAAA